GGGGGGGGCACAACUCCGGAAACAGUCAGCGGAAACGGCAGCUCCGCUAGCUAGCUAGCUACUGCAGGGAAGUAGCGACACAAUUGUCAGGAUCACAAUGAGUUAUGCAGAGAAGCCAGAGGAUGUAACAAGAGAAGAGUGGAUGGAAAAACUUAACAAUGUCCAUAUUCAGAGAGCCGACAUGAACAGGCUCAUUAUGAACUACUUGGUGACAGAGGGCUUCAAAGAGGCCGCAGAGAAGUUCAGGAUGGAGUCUGGGAUUGAGCCUAGUGUGGAUCUGGAUUCUUUGGAUGAAAGGAUCAAAAUCAGGGAGAUGAUCCUGAAGGGACAGAUCCAGGACGCCAUCGCACUGGUCAACAGUCUGCACCCAGAACUGCUAGACACCAACCGUUACCUCUACUUUCACCUACAGCAGCAGCAUCUGAUCGAGCUGAUUCGUUUGCGGGAGACUGAAGCCGCUCUGGAGUUUGCUCAGUCUCAGUUAGCGGAGCAGGGUGAAGAGAGUCGAGAAUGUCUGACUGAGAUGGAGCGGACGCUGGCCCUGCUGGCCUUCGACAACCCUGAGGAGUCGCCGUUCGGAGACCUGCUCAACAUGAUGCAGAGGCAAAAGGUGUGGAGUGAAGUGAAUCAGUGUGUCCUUGACUACGAAAACAGAGAGUCGACGCCGAAACUGGCCAAGCUCCUGAAACUGCUGCUGUGGGCUCAAAAUGAACUUGACCAGAAGAAAGUGAAGUAUCCAAAAAUGACAGACCUCAGCAAGGGAACGAUUGAAGACCCCAAAUAAGGACGUGCAGUGAAAAAAAACCACACAAUCAUAUUUGAAGACGGACACAUUUCCUUUAUCUAUUUAUACACUAACAACAAAGUGACUCAUAUAGAGGACAACCUUUUCUUUUUGUAAGGGAGGCUUUUUGAUACUUCAGUAACUUAGACAAACUGGUCCAGUGGAUUUUUAAAAUGACAUGCAUACCUUUUUUUUAAUUGGUGUUAUAAAUAGGGCUGCAACGAUUGUUUGAUUAUGAAUCGAUAACUAAUUGUACUUUCAACUAUUUUGGUCAUCGAUUUAUUGGUUUGAGUGGUUUUUGGUUCAGUCAUUAAAACAAGUUCUCUGAUUCUUCAGCUUGUUAAAUGUGAAUAUUUUCUGGUUUGUUUGCGCCAUAUAACAAAGAAAUCAUUAAUAUAUUCAUUUUGGUUUGUUGACAAAACAAGACAUUUGAGAACAUCAUUUGUUGAUGAGUUUUGGGGAAACACUGAUCAACGUUUUCUAACGUUUUAUGGACGGACAGAUGAAUCGAUAACAAAAAUAAUCAUGAGUUGCAGCCCUAAUUAUAAGUCAUGUUUGUUUAAUGCCUUGUUCAAAGCUGUUUUUUCAGCCCAAUAAAUUGGUUGUUUUGUGACCAAGUCCCUAAUCCAAGGAUGGAGACGGAGGAGACAGAGGAGACCCCGAUCUCAUUCAACAUGCUGAGUCUGUGUCGACUGUAGCCGGUCAGAGACCAGGACAGGUCGUGUCGUGUGUAAGUCAGUGACGCUAGUUUUUUCUGUCUUCUGGCAGGGAAAGUUGUAACAGGGUGUGAAUAAAGCCUAAAUUAGGCGUCACUUUCUAUGUGUGUGACUGCUGAGACGGGGAUAAAGGGACGACUCGGUGUACACGGACUCUUUCCCUCACUAAAAACAUACAUUUCAGACUGUGAUCUGUGUGACAGACGUUCAAAGAAUUCUAGUUUGGAUGCUUCAAACUACCAUGACAUUGAAAUGUAUUCAUGACACAAAGUUGCAAACAACAAAAGAAGAGAAAAGUUCAUGUAAACAUCACAAUGCCAUAAACAGUACAGUGCAACCCUGGCUUUCAUAUUGUAAAAUAGCACAGGUGAUUAAAGAUGUGACAUGGCUACAUUAUUUACAUGUAUGGAAUACGUUUGCAAAGGUUUAUGUGCUUCUUUUUUUUCUCGCUUGUAUAUUAUUUUGCAAUAAAAGUGAAUUUUUAAGUUGGAAAAGA